AUGAAGUGCGGUAUUACAUAUCUGCUCUUGAAGCUUGCUGUGCUAUCUGCAGCCCAGUGGGACAACCACUCAACAGCCCCAAUCGAACUUGCGCCUGCACCAUGGACACUGAAGGGCACCGUCUAUUCUGUCACCUUCAUUCCUACUUCGAUCGACCUACCAACUAAGGCAUUUGCGCCACUCGAACGGCAGUAUGCGUCAGCUGUAGAAGGCGAGUAUGUGGGCAUCCUUGGGCAGAUACAGGUUAUCCGGUAUACGGAAAGCCCUGUCGGUCCGUAUGAUGAGCUACUAAUUGUUCCGGGCUUCUUUAAAUACAAUUACACGGACUCUGUUGGAGUGACGGAGGAGAGGAAGAAUGUCAGAGUCAGCAGAAUUUACGUCAGUCAAAAGUACACGUGUUGGAAUGGGAGAACCAACUGGAAUAUUCCCAAACAUCUAGCUAAAUUUGAGUGGGUUGAAGGAGACAACGGCGAAUCAUCAGUCAAAAUCUACCCAUACGAUACCACAGGCGACGAUUUCGAGUCCAAACCUGCAGAUAAGCCCUGGUUCCAGGCUACCUUCAAGCCAAGCGUGCCAGUUGGCUUACCGUUCAGCACGGACUUAUACAAUCUUCUGGGUGUUGAUACACUACUAGCACAACCGCCCUUGCCCUACGGCAACAGCACCUACGACGAGCUUCCAGGAACGAACCAUUGGGCGGCCACAACGCCAAAUCAGAAAACCGACAGCGCCUCACUAGAAAUCAUUGAUAUGUAUCAAGGGGAUGGAGAUGUGGAAGAUGGUCGCAAUGCAAAUGCGGUGGGCGAUGAGUACUUUCCCAACUUCUGGCCAGGUCUGCCACGGCUUAAUGUAGGGACUAAGCUAGAGAACGCUACCAUCACUUUUAGCGCGCCAACAAUUUGGAACAAUUAG